GCAGACCAACUCGGAUUGGGAAAUCAUUCCUCUCCCCACGACGUCAAGAUUUCUCAAUCUUUUGUCUCUCUCUUCUCCAAGACCAUUACAGCACAGAUCAGUGGUGUUUCAUUUCCAAUUACGGCAGAAGUUAAGUCUGAAGUCUGAAGUCUGAAUUCAUUCUUGGCUGGGGAAAAGGAAAACUGAGUGGGAGAGAAAGGAAGUAGUAAGUAAAAGAAGGAAGAAUGGCCUCGACGACCACCUUGUUCUCUACACUGGCACCGUCGUCCUCCGUCCAGAAACACCACGCUCAAGCACUGCUGACUACUUCUACCCCAUCUCUUCAUCAAUGUUUCCAAGGACUGAGACCCAUGAAGCCCACGGACGGGUCCCUUUUCGUCCAGACCAUGAAGAAAUCCGCCCAGGCAUCCUCCUCCGCCACUAGGAAAUUGAUGAAGAAGGGUGGGUUGAGAGUGAGAUCGGAGCUGAACCCGUCGGUGGUGAUAAGCCUGAGCACGGGGCUGUCUCUGUUCUUGGGGAGGUUCGUGUUCUUCAACUUCCAGAGGGAGAACGUGGCGAAGCAGGGGCUUCCAGAGCAGAACGGGAUGACCCACUUCGAGGCAGGGGACACCAGGGCCAAGGAGUACGUUAGCCUCCUUAAAUCCAACGAUCCCGUUGGCUUCAACAUCGUCGACGUCCUCGCCUGGGGUUCCAUCGGCCACAUCGUCGCCUACUACAUCCUCGCCACCUCCAGCAACGGCUAUGACCCCAAGUUCUUCGAUUGAACAAUUUUUAUUUAUUUCAACCUUAUGUUUCAACUUUUCAAAUGGAAGUUUCUUUUUUUCAGUGUUGAUGAACUUUAUUAUGAUCUCAACUCUCUUUCUGUUCUAGCUCAAUCUUAUGAACAAAUUACUAAUUCCUUGUGA